UUAGAAAUACAUAGCAAAAAAUCAACCGCUAAAUAAACAUAGAGCAAAAUGAAUGCUCCUUGCACUGAAGACCCUUAUUAGCCUUAUUGACAGUGAUAACUGACAGAUGGAGGUGAGAGACGAAUCAAUUCAUUUCAAAUCUAUACCUAAGAGAAGCAAUAAAACUCAAUAAUGGAUUUGACCUCACUCGCUCUGAGAUCUUUAUGACGACUGAAUUGUUGAGUAAGGUGUUUUGUAUUAGAGCAGUUGUGACUUGCAAAUGUUAACCAAAUAGCGCAGUUUCAAGUGGUUGUCUAGUGUGCUAUCUUGAUCACGUGGUCUCACUCUUUUGAGUUUUAUUGCUUGGUGAAUUUUGAAAUAAUCGACUUGAAAGGGAUUGGAGACGAGAUAAGUUAGGAACAUUACUAAAGAGAAGCAACUCAAAUCCAAACAUUGCGAUAGGCUAGAAUAUGAUGCCGUCAAUUUUUAGAAUUUGAGUGCUCAAAUACUUGGAGUAUUAUUGUUAUUUGUCAAAGAUUUCAGUUGAAGCGAGGACAUGGAAAUCAACAACUACAUCAACAUAGAUACCUUACUUGGUGUCAGUCUUGCAGUUGUUGUACUUCUCUAUCUGUACUUAGAACGGAAAUAUGGUUAUUGGAAGAGACGGGGUGUGCCACAUCUACAGGCAACUUCUCUCAUUUUUGGAAAUGUCAAACCAUUAUUUUUCUCAAAGGAAGACAUGAAAAGUUUCUAUCAAUAUAUUUACAACUCUUAUAAAGGAGAACCUGUUGUAGGAUAUUAUGAGUUCCAAAAUCCUGUAAUCAUGGUAAGGGAUUUGGAUUUAGCAAAGAAAGUUUUAUCUCAGAACUUCAAUAACUUCAGCGAUCAGAGAUUCUCAAUCAGUUCAAGUGUGGAUCCCCUUAUGGCGAUGAAUCCAUUCAGCAGGACAUACCACAACAAGUGGAAGGAGUCUCGUGCCGUGUUGACUCCUGGCCUGACACAAGGCAAGCUGCGCACAUAUCCUCAAGUCUUCUUCAAACCUUUCAAAGACAUGAGUAAAUUCAUUGAUGAAAGCAAAGCAGAUAUAGAAUUGAUGGACUUAUCGAAAAGAGUGACGUGCGAUGUGGUUGCAAGCUGGGGAUGGGGAGUGGAGGGGAACGCCUGCUCAACAAAGCAAUCACCAAUCUAUGAUACAUUCAAAGGCAUGAUUAUUGAAAGCUAUGGUUUGGAUUUGAUGGUGUCCAACAAGUUCCUUGCUAGAAUCUUGCGCUACUGCUUGUUUUCGAAGAAACAAUCAGAGUUUUUUCUUGAUUUAACGCGAAAGUGCCUUGCUGUCUCAGAAGGAAGCAACGGUCCGCCAUGUCUCCUGCAAAUCUCGGCUCAGGCAAUUUUGAAAUGUGAUGAAUUUGAUUCUGAUGAUAAAGAAAACUUCAUCAAGGAAGUGACUGGUGGUCUCUGCACAUUCUUCCUAGACGGUUAUUCAACGACAUCAGCCAUUCUCUGUGUCCUCCUCUACGAAUUGAUGUUGAACAAAGAUGUUCAAUCCAAACUGAGAGAAGAAAUAAAAGAUCUAGACAAUGAUUUGAGUCUGGAGAAACUGGAAAAGUUGGAAUACUUGGACAUGGUUCUAUUAGAAAUUCUCCGGAUACGAACUCCGUUCCACUACCUUGGCAGGACUUGUACAGAAGCAUGCACUCUCGGCUCUGUGGAGUUACAACCCGGUGAUGACGUCAUAGUGCCAAUCAGCGCAAUACACAUGGAUCCACUGUAUUUUCCAAAUCCAGAGCAGUUCAAUCCUGAAAAUUUCAGUCAAGCCAACAGAAAAAGCCGGCAUCCAAUGACGUCUCUUCCCUUCGGAUUCGGACCUAGAAUGUGCUUGGGUUUGAAUUUCGCCAAAAUUUUCUUGAAAGUUAUUGUAAGCGGUUUGAUCAAUGAUUACGAGAUAGUUGCUCCUGCAAGUCACCAGUUUGGACCUGUUCAUUGGAAUAGAUCUAAAGCAUUCGUCCAAUUCACUGAACAGUCAUUGUAUGUCAAAUUUGAGAAACUGGAUAAAAAUGAAGAAGACCCCGUGGGAGACCCAGACAGAGAUGGUGGCAACAGGUUAAGACUGACAUGGAGAGACUUGGAGCGACAGAAAGAGAUGCUGAGGAGCGAACUACGUGGUGACAGUUUGUUGUUCAAGAUCACAGAAGAGGGCGAUCUGGUCGCCGCUAAUUAUGUUUACUCUCAGUUGAGUGUCUGCACUCUCUUCCUCUCUUCAUGCUUUAUUUAUUCGUUACAGAUGUGUUCAUUUCUGUUCUCAGUGCUAGGAUUUUAUUUUCGAUUCACGAUGGAUUCUGGUAAUCCCAUACUAAUAUGUAUUGGUUUAUUAAUCAGUUUCCUCAUCACGGUUGCUUAUGUCUAUUGUGAAUGGUUGUAUGGUUAUUGGAAGCGAAAGAAUGUGCCACAUGAGAAAGCAACUUCCAUCAUCUAUGGUAGUAUCAGGAAAAUAUUCAAAGCUGAAGAGAGCCAAGGAAUUUUCUUCAAGGAUAUCUAUGAUUCUUUUCCUGGCGAACCUUUCGUUGGAUUCUAUGAGUUUCAAAGGCCUAGUUUACUUUUGAGAGACCCAGAAGUUGUGAAAAAAGUACUUACUGAAAAUUUUAAUUCAUUUCACAAGAACGGUGUCUACACAAACGAGAAGGAAGACUCCUUCUUCAGUCGAAAUCCGUUCGUUUUGGCCGGUACGGAAUGGAAGGAAGCUAGGUCAAAGCUAACUCAGGCUCUCACAGUGAAUAAGCUCAAAUUUAUUCCUGAAAGUGUCUCAAAAAUGUAUCCAAGCAUGAAGACAUUCCUGGAUGAAGCGAACGAUAACAUCGAGGCUUAUGAGUUGGGUACAAAUAUCACUAGCGGAAUGGCAGCAUCAUGGAGCUGGGGAAUAGAGGAUAGUGGAUUUACAAAGACUAAAUCCUAUGUGAGAGAAAUUGCACAGAAAUUUGUUGAUGUGUUUAUUGGAACUGACUCAUCUAUGCAACUUAUUCAUAUCAAUCCAUGGUUCACGCCUCUCUUCAGACCUACAAUCGUCUCUCAAGAAAAUGGCUUUUUCAACGACCUCACUGCAAAGUCAUUGAAGAUGCUGAUCAGUACCGGUAACAGAAAUUCACCCUGCAUUUUGAAUUCUCUAAGACAAACUCGGCUGAAGUCUGGACAAACAGAUGAUGAUUUGAUGAAAAAUGAUGCAAUCAAAGAUCUGAGCGGUGUAGUUGCAUCCUUCUACCUGGAUGCUUACGAGACAACAGCCAGAGCAAUGAGCUUCAUGUUUUAUACUCUUGCCCAGUAUCCAGACGUACAAAGUAGGCUGAGAGAAGAAGUGAAGAAACUUUCCAAAGAGCAAAUAACCCUGGAGGAGGUUCAAAAGUUGCCAUAUCUGGAUAUGGUUUUUUCAGAGGUGUUGAGGUUGUAUCCUCCAGCAACGUUUUUGAGAAAGAAAUGCACUCAAGACUGUGAACUUAGUGGAGUGAAAGUGGAGGCUGGAAGCCACAUUAUUUUGCCGAUUUUGGCGCUGCACAUGGAUGGUGACAUCUACGCUGAUCCCGAAAAGUUUGAACCUGAAAGAUUUUCUGAGGAAAACAAGAACGAUCGUCAUCCUUAUGCGUACAUCCCAUUUGGCUCUGGACCUCGUAUGUGCCCUGGUAUGAGGUUUGCCAUUUCACUAAUCAAAGUCAUCACUUCAUUUCUCCUACAAGAUUAUGAAAUUCUUCCCCCUAAAAAUGAGGAGCUCAAACCGAUUAAACCGAGUGUAAGUGGAGUUCUGCUUGUUCCAGAUGCUCCUCUCAAACUCCAUAUCGCCAAACUGAAUAAAUAAUUUUGUUCGAGAAGAAUUCCCUGUCAAUUACCAUUAUGAGACUCUUUAGAAUGUAAGCUGUAUCGGAAUAUUUCUCUAUUCAUAAUAUUUCCUUGGUAGGCUACUUGAUUUUGAAUUUGAAUUUUUUAUUUUAUUUAUUUAUUUACACACACAUACAAGUUUGAUACAGAGAACAGCAAAAAUAAUACAUGCAAACAACAACAUCAAUGCACAUUAGAACAAAAUAAAAAGAAAGUGGAGCAAAAAAAUAAGGGUGGAAAAUUGAAGGGUUUUUCCAACUAAGGAUAUCCAUGUACUAGGAAAACCUUCAAUCCUUGAGAAGGUGAGAGAGGUAUCAGGAAAAGUAGAGACGGUAGAUAUGAAAGGAUGGAAUGGGGGAAGAAAGAUAAGGAAAAGGAUGGAAAAAGAAACCGAUAGGUCCAGGUGUUGAAAAAAAA